GCUGAAAAUUUCUAUUUAAAUCUUUACUGAAACGUGGUCUCCUUAGUCUCGAUACGACAGCAACGACGCGGCGCGCGCCAACGAAACAAAACAAGAUGUCCAUAGUCCCAAUGAUGUUCCGCGACUGGUGGGAUGACUGGGAGAGGCCUUCCCGCCUGCUCGACCAGCACUUCGGCAUGGGCCUUCGCAGGGACGACCUUCUAUCUUCUCUAUCCACCCUACCAUCCUCAUCUCUUCUCAGGAAUUCAUACUUCAGGCCAUGGAGAACGAGUCUUGCAAGACAAGAGUCUUCGAGCACAAUUAAUUUGACCAAGGAGAAAUUCGAGGUUAUCCUUGAUGUUCAACAGUUUGCCCCUGAAGAGAUCACAGUUAAGGCUUCCAAUAACUCAGUGCUUGUAGAAGGCAAACACGAAGAGAAACAGGACGAACACGGCUUCGUUUCUCGUCAAUUCACACGUCGCUACAUCCUCCCCACUGGCUACGAUGUUGCUGAUGUCGUUAGUUCUCUCUCUUCUGAUGGCGUCCUCACUAUCACGGCUCCGAAUAGAGCUCCACCAAACUCCGGGGAAAGGAUCAUCCCCAUAACGAAAACUGGCCCCGCCAAGGAAACCCCCAGAACUGAACAACCUCGCGAACAAACUGUACCCAUUAUCACUUCUCCUUGAUGUCCCAACACGCUUUAAUAGGGUUGGCCAAUAAGAAACUAUUUAGUCAUUUUUUACCUUUGAAUUAUCUUGGCAACCCUGGAAGCGAUUCAUCGUCACGUGAAUAGCAUUUAUUUUUAACUCGAUGUAGGCCAACAUCGGGCAACGAAAAACGAAUUAUACGGAAUGCAAACAUCACUAAUAUGUAAACAUGUAAAAUAACAAUAAAUGUUUUUUUUAUUA